UAUAUAUAUUGAACUUAAUGAUGUUGUCAAAUAAGUUUCAUUUGAAAUUGAAAAGCGUCGUUAAAAUUCCCAUCGAACCCCAAGAACAUGAUAAUGAUUAUGUUAGUGAUUUACAAAAGGAAACAAUGAUCGGCGGUUUCCUAAGAAAUGGUAACUUCACUUGGAGGUCUGAAGGAACUAAUCUGGAUGUAUUCUGCACUACUACUGGAGAUAGGAAGUUAUCUUAUAACUUUGAAUACGACAUUAAAGCUCAAAAUAGUACCGUAAUUGAUGUCCAAGAAAUGGGUGUAAACGUAACAACUUCUUGCAUAAUAGCAGUUGGGAUACGACUGGAAAACAAUAUGAGUAUGAUAGUCGUGCUAACUCUUCAAGGAUCGCGAGUAUUAGGGUAUAUUGACGUUGAUGACCAUCUGUCUUGUCUGCAACCAAUUAGCAGAGCAACUCAUCGUAGAGGUCCUUUGUCACAAUACGAUGGAUGCAUAGCAGUUGGAACUGUAACGGGAAAAGUUUUACUUGUUGAUGUUUGUUUGAAACCAGAAAGUGAUCCGGUGUUUGGUCAGAGACUUGUGAUGAACAACCUGUGUAAAAGUCAAUGUCAUGUCGAAUUCGUUACAGAAGAUCAAACACAAAUUUCCUAUAAACAUAGAUUGAUUCGCCAGCGUAGUGUUUACUUUGGUUUACAAUUACAAUCCAUUGAAGAGGAGAACAGUUCAGUCACUACGAUAUUGGACUUACCAUCUUUAAUGGCAUUAGCUGUUGGUCAUGCAGAUGGGCGUAUUGUUUUGUAUAAUCUUCUCGAUUUGAGCAUUAUGCACGUUAUUCAGUUUUCCAAUAAGGGCUCUCCAGUAGUCAAGAUGUGUAUGGUGGAGCCAACGGAUGACCCGAAAGCUUGUGUUUAUAUAUGGGCAUUUCAUGCCGGUGAAGAUGGAGCAUUUGCUGUUAUGCAUACACUCAUGUACGAAGAGAAAUACGCGGAACUAAGCGGUCAUGUCUAUGAACACUUUCUUUCCUGUAGUCCCCGACUAAACAUUACUUGCUACGAUAAGGAUAGCUAUCCUCUUGAUGUGCAAUCUAUUAUGAAAACAGUAAGCCAGGAAGAAGAAGUGCUUACGUUAACCGUUUUAAGCUGGAUAGCAUCAGACAAGUCUACCAAUGUAUUGGUGUUUGAUCUAAAUCAGUGGUAUAAAGCAGAAAUGCCAUUUACGUGUGAUUGGAGGCAUGAGUUGAAGCACACUGUUGUGUUCAAUAUAAAAGAAAUAGUAACUAGUGUUCAUCUUAUUACCGAUUCACUCAUACCUUUCAAUUCAAUUCAAAGGCCGGAAGAACAUUUCUAUCCAAAUUCGUUGUGUUUUGACUUAAUUACUCUGCACUAUGAUAGCUGCCCUCGAUACCAUUGGAUCGGAGUCCAAAAUAAAAUUUUGGAUUAUUUAGAACAAAAUGGAGCUGUUUGCCUGAUGGAACCAAAUACAGUUUAUAAUAUGCUGCUCCGAUGUGCAUUGAUUCCACAGUUUAUUGAAUACAAUUUUUCUUUCGAUACACCACUAGAUAUUCAACGAGAGUUUUUACUUUCUGUGGCUCUGGAAUAUAACUGUUACACAUUACUUAACGAAUGUGCAAUUAGUUGGGCAGAUGGAAGUCACUUAGGAAAGGCUCCGGAAGAGGGUGUGUCGUUAUCUACCCUUACCGAUUGGAUGUGGAGUCGGGCUAAAGUAUUGAAAGAGCUGAGCAACACAAUGUGUAUUCCAUUGUUUGAUCUGUCUGGUCGUAGAAUUGAUUGUGGAACACAGAAAACAUUACUACACUGCUCAAGACAAUUGUCGCAGUUGGUUAAAUUAUACGAGCUUAUUUUUUCUCAAUGUAAACAAUACAUUCCAGACAAAGUUUUGAAAUGUCUUGCGUCACAGAAAAAAUCUGUUCAACUUGCUGCGGAUUAUCAAGAAGUGGUUCAGUGGUUAUUAAAUGUUGGACUGUUACCGGAAGGAAAUGUUGAUGGCGUCAAUUUGUCUGAUGAAUUUCUUCUGGUUCCUUUCCCAUAUCGAGCUAUCCGAUCAUAUUAUACAUCCCAACGUAUUAUGUUCAACGAUUAUUAUUCAGAUAAGGAGAGCAGCGCAAAUUUGGAAGACCAAACUUGCAGAUAUUUGUUUAUCGAUAAUUUUGUGGAGCGGGAGUUUUCUUCCGAAUCACUGAAAAAAGUAUGGUCUGAGAACAAUGCGUCCGGUGUUUACCCUCCAAAUUCAAUGCAAAAUUUGUUAAGAGCUUUACUUAUAUCAAAUGUUACCAUUGAAAUCAAAUAUAUUUUGCUGUGUUAUACAUUCAUGGAUAUGACAGCUGUUUUAGGCGAUGGAAGGUACAGCGGUAUUGUUCAAAAUUUAAUAAAAUUUCCUUCUGUCUUCAAAUUAAACUCGGCAAUCAUCAAACGAACACAAGCGUUUUGGCUUUUGGAUCACGGAAAUAUCAAUGCUGCUAUCGAGGAAUUGUUGUCCCCUAUGGCGCAAACCGAGCGUUUUCCUCAAUGGCAACGGGAAUUCCUUAUUACUGCUUUACUCCGGCAUGAUGCUCCCCAUCUGGCACUGCGUGCAUUACGCGCACCUGGCACGCCGAUAUCACCAUUUCUCGAGCUUAAAACAUUGUUGGAAAACAACCUUAUUUCCGAAGCGUUUAAACUACAACGCUCCAAACAUGAUACAAAUUUGCUUUGCACUUUCUUUGAAGGUACAUUGAAAUCGGCGAAGUAUGAAGUUCUGCUAGACUUAGCUCUUUCGGAAGAAGAAUCGCGCAUUUUAAGGGAAUAUUUAUCUAGAACGAAUCAGCCAAUGAGCGAAAAUGUUCAUUUUAUCCACUUGCUUCAAAAGCUAGAUUUCGUUGACGCAGUGUAUAUGAUUGAUAAGCUAGGGAAAAAACGCACCAACGAAUACAAUUUGGAAGCACCCAAGGAAACACUGGCUUUGUAUCAUUCGGCUUUAGAACCCACUACGCAGCAUUUAUCCUAUUUAGCGUACGCGGAACAAAAGCAUUUAAAACCUUCAAAAACCGUUUUUGCUGAACCGUUGAGCUCGCGUUUAAUUAGAGGCAGAGCAGAUCGUGGACGUAUCUACCACAAAUCUAUUGUUGCUAUUAGAGAAGCUGCAGAGCCAUUGGACCAUGCUCUUCCAUUUUUAGAAAAACCUGGUUUGGGAAUUUUCCAACUUCGUACGCAAACUAAGAGUAGUAAUGUGUGUUAUCCUGUUAAUCUAGAGGCAAAAGCAAUGAAAAGAAAACAUGGUGAAGAUAAUCUGCCAGGUUCGUCAGUACAACCUGUUGGUGAGGUAUUGUUAGACUUUGAGAAACCUGCGAAGCGAAGGAAGGUCGAAACGGAUAAGUCGUAUUCAGCAUCUUUAAUUUUUCCUAGAACUGUAUUAACUGACUUUCGACCUGUGAAGGCUAGUUUCAAUUUCAGCUCUAGGCAUUCUAGAGGAAAUACAACGGAAAAGUCUUACAGUCGGUCACCAUCAACACAAUUGUCAACUCCAGUGGUAAAAAAAAUGUUUUCCAGCAAUCCCCCCUCUCCGGAAAGCGUCAGCUCAUAUACUCCCCAUGGUAUAUUAAAAUCUACAGCCUCUGUACAAAGUUUUCUAAACCAGAAAAGUGCAUCCCUUGCAUCAGUUAGUGUUGCACCCUCAUCGCAUGCAAAUGAGGCAGAGGAGAAAAUUCUGCGUUUUGAUAUACCAGAGUCACCUCAAAGUAGACAAAAUACGCAGGAUUUUGUAGGAUCAUUCAAAACUCCUACUCAAGAUGACUCUAUAAUAUCAAAUGAUGUUUUCUUUUCUCCUGAGGGAUCCAUUGUGUCGAUAGAAGAUGACACACCAGAUUUGAAUAUCAAAGAUAUUUUGUUUGGUUGUCCAAAAGCACGACAGUCAAUUCAUACUCACUCGCGCUCGAACACUCCGGAAGAAAAUAACAUAGCCAUAAUUAUAGAAGAUGUUGAGGAUGAUUCGGCAAGUAAGCAACAAGAAAAUGAAAUUAUCAAUGAUAAUAAUGUGAACACAGAAGAAUCAAUAUUGAAUAAAUCAGCCGUCAGUUUGUCCGUUUCGGAUAAUAACCCAGAAAGUGGCACACUUCCUCUUGGGCAAUUUUUACUGGAAUCAAACAAAUCAACCGAAGCUUCUGUAUUGGUUAAGGAAUCUUCAUUCCAAGAAACAGAUAGACAGUUUGGUAGCGUUUCCGGUGACGCGGGUGUUCCUGGAAUAGCAAAUGAUUAUUAUUCUGCGGAACAUUUUGAAGAAAACUGUCACAUAGAGGUCAUAGAGGGUAAUGUUUCCUUACCAUCAAAUAGAGCUGAAGUCGAUUUACAUGAAGCGCCGACAGUAAUUGAUGAUAAUGAUACAGUCACUGAUACGACGGAGUUAGAACUACAAACACGCUCCAGGAAAUCAACGAGCCACGAAAAAUAUGUCGAAGAACCAGCUGGAAUUCUAUUGAGCAACGACGUCACCGACGAUAAUAGUGAAACAUCGGUGCAUGCUGACGUUAUUAACAUUUCUAGUAGCUCUAGUGCUGAUGAUGGCGACGAUGACGAAGAAAUGCUUAAAGCAAAUCAAGAACAGGAUGUUGAAAAUAGUAUUAAUGAUGAUUAUUUUAAAGAUGAUUCAAAGCCUAUAGAACAGAGCUCAAGCAAAAAUACUGAUGUAGUAGCUGGAGAAAUAAUGGAAUAUGAGAAAAAGGGGCGUGUCGACUCGAAUAUUGAUUUAAACAUAAAUAUAUCUGACUUAUAUUCAGAUCGUGUUCCAGAUAUUAUCUUAAAUUCGAAAGAUAACAAAGAGAUUCAUACAGAUGAAUUAAAUGAAGCUCAAGUGUCUACUACAACUUCAACAAAUUCAAAUAUGGGUAGCACUGAUGAACCAGCAAACAUUGCAGUUCAUAAAGACGAAGAUAACACUGAGGUUAUCAGACAUCCUGAAGCAGAGGACUUAACUGUUCAGCAGGAAGCAGCUUUGCAGAGAGAAGCGCGAUCAAGCACACCAGAGCUCUCAGGUAACAGAACUCGAAAUUCGACAGCGUCUGUGAAUGAUCGGUCGGACUCUUCAGUGAAUGCAGAAAUCAUUAUCGUUUCGACGUCUAGAGAUGAAACAUUCAGUCUUAAAAAAGAUGACAAAUAUUUGGGACAACCAAAAAAAGCACAUGAGGUUGAAAUCCCUGCCAUGAAUCUCUCCGUGAAACCAGAUGAAGCUCAUGAGGCCAACCGCAAGAAUAGCAAAAGUGACGAAAGCGACGAUGCUGCUGCUUUGAAUCUAUCCACCGGCCAGAUAAUUGACGUAAUACCAACUGAUGAACAAGUAUCAGAAGCAGAAAAUUCUGGAAUCUUUGAUAUCGGUAGACGCGACUCAACAUCCAAAGGUAAUAUUAGCGUGAAAUCACGAACUGAGUGUAAGGAAAACAAAGGCAGCACUUCAGAGGCUAGCUCUGAUGCUAUUUCACAACAGGAUACAAAGUUAUUCGAUGAUGUUAGUGAAAUAAUAAAAACACCGAGAAGAUCUAGAAGAAUUUCGACAGACAUCGCUGAAGCAACUACUUCCACCCCAAGAAGUAAUGUUAGAACACGAAGAAUGUCUACUAUUGAGAAAAUAGAAUAUGGAACGACGCCAACUAAACGAAGAACUCGAGCUUCCUCGGUAACGGCAGAAACCGCGUCACCGAGUACAUCUUUUAAGCGCAACAAGAAGCAUGCCUCAAUGACAAACAUUACAACUCCAGAAAACGUGGUUCUUACACCUAGGCGAUCAAUGAGAGCAAAAUCUCUUGCAAAGGAAAUAAUAUUCAGUACUCCUUUGACAAAAAAUCGGUGUAUAUCAGAAAGUAAAAUUGAAGCACCAUCAACAGAAAACGUCAAUCUUUCGAUGGAAGAAGUAGAUAUUAAAUCAGUAGAUGAGGAUACAUCGGAAAAGUCAUUCGUUAGUUCUGCCAGUCGACGCAGCAGCCAGAGAAAUUCGGCAAUUAGUAAGCAAACAUUACAACCGUCAACCUCUAAAGAUGCUGCUGAAGCAUGUCUGAUGAAACCAUCUACAUCUACAUCUAGUAAAGUUGAUGAGCAGUCAUUCGUCGAAUAUUCCACGAAUCGUCGUUUAACACGACACCAGUCGGCAAUUAUGGAAAAAUCAUUACUUAUUCACAAAAUGUGCACAAUUCCUGAAGAUAUUGACAAUCCAAUAUCCCAUGAAAGCAAUGAAAGUGAAUCUGAAUCUGUGGUAUCGAUUCUUAGCAAUGUCUCGAAACGUUCUACACGGUCUAAAUUAAGUCAGCAGUCUAGAUCAAAAUCCCAGCAUGACAGGACAACCCGUAAGAAAGCAGUGCAUUCGACUAGGUUAUCUUCGUCUAAACGAGAUAACAGCGAUGUAGAAAGUUGUGAUACCGAUCAAAGCGAGAGUCCCGCAAAAAAACCGGCAUUGGAAACUAUCUCUGAAGAAGUUGAUAAGACGGCCUUAAAAACUCGGCGUCGAGGCAGAACAAGGAAGAACUAGUUGGUAAAGUGCGCUAUUGAACCUAUUCAUCGUAUUUUUUUGCCAGUAAAUCAAUUUGUCCCUAUCUAUUGAGGAGGUAAUAAUCCCUCAUGAAGCCAACAUGGUACUAAUAUGCUGUUUUACGUAAUCGUUAA